AUGGAUUCGCCGAUCCUUGAGUUCCAGAGCGAGAAGCUUGGACUGCUCUCUGUGCCAUGGGGCACUACGGUGCUGUUUUUUCGGGCCAUAUGGGGAACACUGGCUCUCUACCUUGGCCUCUUCGGCGUAGCAAGUCCAAUCAUCUUGGCUCUUUACAACUACUAUCUUCAUCCCAUUGCACAUGUGAAAGGACCAUUCAUCGCGUCAAUAUCUCCGAUCUGGCUGAUUCGGUCCGUAUCAGGACAUCGACUCAAUAACGACAUCGAAAAGGUGCACGCCGAAUACGGACCUGUCGUUCGUAUCGGCCCCAACGAACUUUCGUUUGCCACAGAAGAUGCGCUCAAGACUAUUCACAACCCUGGCCCCGACGGUGGUCACUUUACGAAGCAGGGGACUAUUGAAUCUCUGCUGGCCAAACUCAUUUGGGCAGCUCCAAAUCUUUUGACCACCACCGAUCGAACUGCGCACAAGAGACUGCGUACCGCAUUACAGCCAGCCUUCACAGCCAAGGCGUUGAUGGAGCAGGAAGAUAUCGUUCAGCACCACGUGAAUCGGGCCGUCGAGUCUCUAGAUUCAAAACUUCAAGAGGGCAAGAUUGUGAGUAUCAGUGAUCAUGUUGGAAAGAUGAUUUGGAGCAUCGUUGGAGACUUGUCUUUCGGAGAGCCCCUCCUCCAUGAUCAAAUGAGCACGUACGAGAAAAUGAAAUACACUUAUGGGAAAGGAGCGCCACUCCUAGAACUCUUUCAAUUUCUGACAGAAACGCCCAUCUUCGGUGGGCUCGCAAAGCUACCGGUCAUGAUAGUUCCACACAUUUUCCGCGUCCCCAAAAAUUUCCUUCUGAUGAAUCAACUCAGAGGCUGCAUCGAGCGCCAAGGAGGGCGCAAAGACUUUCUGACCGCCAUCUUAUCCGCCAAAGAAUCUGCCGGAUUGACUCAGCCGGAGAUGUUGAGUAAUUCGGCCUUAUUCGCCAUGGUUGGUUACGAUACUUCCGCUACAACUCUAUCAGCAGUCUUUUACCACGUGUUGCGGGACCCAGACCACUACCAGCGGGUUCAGGGAGAAGUCCGAGAAGCAUAUUCCUCAAUCUCUGACAUCACGGCUCAGAGUGUUCUCCGACUCCCAUAUUUGAAUGCCUGCAUCCAAGAAACGCUCCGUCUCACGCCACCGAUCAACGGUCGUGGCUCUCAUCGCAUCUCACCUGGAGCUAUGAUUGAUGGGCUGUACGUUCCCAAAGGUGUCAAUGUCUCUGCUGAUAUUUGGACUAUUCAGCGUAAGCCCGAGUAUUGGGCUCUCGCUGACAAGUUUAGGCCUGAUCGUUGGCUUGACAAUGGUCCGGGCACCAUCUUUGAGCACGAUGUUCGGACCAGCUACCGGCCGUUCCUCGUUGGACCCCGGGUGUGCAUUGGUCGCGAGAUGGCUUUGCAGUCCAUCCGUCUGACAGUAGCCAAAGUAGCAUUUUCGUUUGAUCUAGAAAUGGCUAACAAGGAUACUUUCGUGUGGGAGAGAGAUGCAGGGAAUGAUUAUGUCUGGCAUGACUAUCAUGUCUUGGUGAGGAAAAUGGCACAUUAA